AUGACUCAGAAAAGUGGGAAGGAUUUAGAGUCAUUAAAGAAGUUACCAUUAGCUAAUAGACCGAGUUCUGUUAAAAUAUCCGAAAAAGAUAUAAAUGUUAAAGAAUUUGAACUCGAAUCUGAUAGAUCGACGGCACAUAAGAAGAGUUCAGUGAACAGAAGCAAAGGAGCAAAAACAACAGACCAUGUUACUAUCAGAAAAAGACCAAAAACUGCAACAAACGAUUCGAUUUUAGAUAAAAAACAAGCAAAUAAUUCAGAUUUAGCUGCAUUGAAUCAAAGACCUACAACAGCCCAAAUUGGAUCAUAUUCAACAAAGAAAGAAUUAAUAAACACAGAUUUUUUAACAAUUAAUAAACGCCCUUCUACAGCAGCAGAACCACUUAAACUAAAGAAAUGGAGACAGAUGCACUUCCACUCUGGAAGCACAACAUCAAAAAGAGAAGUCGAAUUACUUGGAGAAUGGUUAAAUUCUGUUUUGGCAGAAAAUCUCGAGUCAACCGAAAAUCCGAUUGAUGUAGUUACGAACGCGCAACAUUGGUAUUCUGUUGCAUUCAAUGAGCUUGUUAGGCAGGUUUCAAUUUGUUGUACAGAAAGAGGAAGAUUAUUUGCUGUAAUUUGGAAGAGAAAUCAAGAUCUUUUCUCAAAAAUGAUCGAGUUACAUAAACAAGAACGUGAAUAUAUCCUCAAUUGCCACAAGGAUCGCGUUCAAUUCCUUAAAACUGAUUUAGAAUUUUGUGCAUCUCGGCUUAAAACAAUAGAAGAGGCAUAUAACGAAGAAAAGCAGCGUUCAAAAGAGAACGCAGAGCGAGAUGUAAGUAAAUUCGAUUCACUUCAAGAAAAAAUUGAUGUUCAAAUAAAAGAAAGAGCAGCUUUGAAGUUAGAACUUAAUGAUAUCAAGCAGAAAUUAGGUAUUAAAGUCUAUGAUGAGAAAAAUUCGUCAUCUGUUGUUAAUCCAUUUGUUUAUGAAUUAGAUGAUAUGAAUACUCAACUCAGAGAGAUUCAAAUUAAGCUUUCCGAUCAAAACAAACCAUCAUUCCAGUAUAUUGAUCAGACACUUAAGUCUUUGGAGCAUUAUUUAGAUCAAAUGUCUUCUCCAAAGAAAAAUUAUAGGGUUUACUAUAGUAAGUUCUUUAUCACAUUACCAAAAGAUGCAGAACCAAAGAUUCGUAACGAAAAAUGGCUGAAAGCUGCAAUGGUUUUUAUUUAUUCAGAUUAUUUGACAAAUUUAGCAUCAUUUGGUCCUCAAAAGAUGUAUUCCAAAGACUUAUUUGAGUUCUGUUUUGACUCCUUCCUUCAAAUCUUUGGCCAUCGGACCGUAGCCGAAAGGGUUUUAUUAGAUUUCAUCGGAACUCUUAUGAACAGCACUUACGAACCUUCCAGCCACUUUGCAUAUCUUCAGCGCUUCCUACAGUUAUCAGAUCAUCCUCUUCGCAUUGAUGCCUUCCACUUUUACUUGUAUUCCAUUUCUAUGAUUCAAAAAGCCAAUCCAGGACCAAUGUUCAGCGAAUUUGAGAUGAAUGAAAAGCAAGUUUGUGCAGUUCCUAUUGCUGCGGCAACACAAGCCGGCAAAGAAGUUCUUGAGAAGCUUUGUUCCGGAAGAAUUCUCAAAUUUUACACUGAAAGAAUCACUAAAAUUGCUACAAGUGGUUCAUUUGGAUUUGGAAAUCGGCCAAUUACUGAUUUAGAUGGUAUUUUGGAUUAUCUUGCAGCUAUUUAUGGAGAAGAAAGCCAAAGCAUGGAUGAUAACAUCAAAGAACUUUGGAAGAAAAUCGGAUGCGAAGAAAUCAACAACUUUUCUGAUUUCAGACAAUUUAUGUCGAAGUUAGAUGACAGAAUGGCUUCAUCUGAUAUUGCUAAACUCUAUAACAAAUGGCUGAAGAAGUCUUUGAACCAGCCAAUGAAGAUGGAUGAUAUGAUUUCUUUCUUACAUGAAAAUUCUUUGAUCAUGCCUUUGAAAUUAACAUCAAAGGAUUUUUCAGCACCAACAAAUACAGAAGAUUUGAUUCCUUUCGUUGCGUUGGAAUUCGCUGAUAAUUCUGCAAUUUACGAGAAUGUUUAUAUGAAAUUACUUGAAUUCGGAGAUGAAGUUCAAGCUAAAUCUCUCAAAGCAGCUAAAACUAAGUUCGAUCAAUCGAUUGGCGGACACUGCUCUACAAAGAUAUUCCAUGUUAAUGUGCGUGAUUUCUAUGAGAGAAUUAGACUUGCACAAUUGUUGUAUUAA